GACCAUUCCGAUCACAACCUGCUUCCAGUAUGAGCCGAAGAAGUUGCUGGUCGUCUGACGACGUGCAGCAGGCUCAGUCUGCUGUCUGCUGUCUGCUGUCUCAGAUGCAAGCGAUGGGCAUCAUCGGUCUUGUGUGGUGGUGUGGUGCACUCACUGACUGCGGUGCAUGACGGGUCGUCGUCGGCAUGCAAAGGGGUUGGGAUGAUCUUCGACAUUCGAGCUCGACGUGGAUGCUCAUUCCUCCUUCGCUUCCACAUGCCUGUACCCACACUGCGAACGCUCAAGCACGCUACAUUUAGCACAUUCGAAUCUCCUCAAGCUCUGGGUUUUUCUGAUUCUGUUUUCUUUGUUACAAGAUGUCGACCGACUCAAAGGUUCUUGCUCACGUCAGUGGCGCCGACCAAAGGCCCAACCUGCAGGACGAUGUUGGCGCUCACCAUGGUGACGACCGACCCAAGCACCAGGCUGGCGUCGACAACUCGCACUUGAACACUGAUGCUAAGGAUGAGAAGAGCAUUGCCAACAAGCUCGACCAGGCCUCCAAGCAGGACAAGCUCGAGAAGCAGCUCGAGAACCAGCCCAAGCCUCCCCCUACGCAAGCAGCCAUCAACCACGGCAACGAGCCAUCCAAGGGAGCAAAGAUUGAUGAGGCUCUUCAGGCAGAGGACGAAGCCAUUCUGCGCAAGAAGGGUAUCAAGUAAAGCUUGAUCGGGACGCACGAAACAGUAUAGCGUGGGAUGUACCACGCGCAAGGCGCUAAAGGUCCUGUAGCAGACGUGUGAUCAGUAAGCUUUGGCUGCGCAAGGGCUGCUGCACUUUGACCUGGACAAAGCGGCGAGCAAUUGAGGAAGGGCAGAUGUCUUGCUGCAAGCGGUCCCAUUGGCUCUUUCCGCGCGCCAUCAUCCGCUUUGACUGCACGUCAGUCAUUUCGCCAAGUUCUACGCGCCUAGUGGUACGAUGGGUGCGUAUCGUGUGUGUCCGGAUGACCAAAAAUGGCGCUGAAGAGAU